ACUUGUUAGCAGGAAAAUACAACGCAAAUCAUCCGAAAUUGCUGCCAUUGAUAUGGUGUUUCGAAUCGUUAUGCGUAAUUUGUUAAUUCCUCGGUAUCCUUUAAUAUUUUCACCGGAAUACGUAGCCAAUUUAGAUGCCGUUUCCAAAUAUAUUCCAAUAAUAUCAACAUCGUUUACACGAAUAAUAUUCGGCAGCCCAACUCUAAAAUUUUGGUCAACAGCGAUGGGACUCGUCGAUCAAACUUCUCGCAACAUUAAUAUGAGUCAUGGAACAGACGAAAGGACAUCUCUGGAAAAAACAAAGAAUAUCAUUGGUCUUGGUCUACACGCUGUUGCAAAAAAUAUCAAAAUUCCCGUAAUAUCGCUUGUUGAGCAAUCGUCAAGCGACGAAAAGUACAAGAAAAAACGGACUAACAAUAUUCGCGUAGAUUCUCGAUCCGCAAACAAAAGUUUAUCUUCCUUGGGCAAGAGAGUUCACUCAGAUAAUUCCAUAUCGGCGGAAGAAAGACAAAAGCCCAAGAUUUCCGAUACGAAUGUAGCAACCAAUUUUGAGGGAGACUUGUUCGUCGGAAACUUUACUUCGUCGGACGAGUUGGAUCUAUUAACAGUGCUAGAUGCUAAAAGUGAAGACUCGGAUUUUAUAGAAGAAUCGUUCCAUCCAAGCAGUGCGUCAAAAGAAAUCUCUCCAAACUUGCUGCCUGCCGAGAGUGAGCUACAAAUGCUCGAUGAAUUCGAUGACAGUUUACAAGACAAUGUAUAUUACGUUCCCGACAUAGACGAUAUAAACGAGUUCGACAGUGAAUGGGCUGAAGAUGAAUUAUCUGAAUGGGACACAUUAUCUGAUAAUUCGAAAACUUUUUUUGCUGACACGGAAACUGUGCAGGAGAUUCCAACCAAACAGCUGCCGACUGUUGACUCGUCGUGUUUUAAUUUCAUACAGAAAAGUCCUGGUAGUGACUUUGAGGAUAUCUUUGAGGACGUUAUGUUUGACGAAUGA